AUGCUUUUAGACUUGUAUGAACAAUUUUUUGAAAGUACAGAAAUCAACAAUCUAAAACUAAAACAAUCUUCUUUUGAAAAACAAAAAAUUGUUAUCUUCAAAAUAUUUGGGAAAAUUUUUCAAUCGAAAUAUAAUAGUGGCUACAGAAUAAGAUCUCAGCUGUUGGUUGAGGCAUUAUUUAAUUUUACCCUUGCCCUUCAAAUGAUAAGCCUAACUUGGUAUCCAGACAUGGAAAUUUCAGGCUGAAAUCGCUACAUAACCUUUUGAGAUAUCGUGAGCUAUUUUAACCUCAACAAUUUUUGCGGAACUUUUGAAGCUACGGCAUAUUGUUUUCAUGGAGUAAAUACCGUAUUGUCCAUUUGUGUAGGAUUGCUAUUACUAAUGUUUGUCUUUAGUUGUAUGAGUUUAAAAUUUCCUCUAAUUUUAGUACAGAUUUUGAAGAAUUUAUUGUCAGUUUGGGUGACAGUGCUGUAUAUUCCUACCUUAAUAGAGCUUUCAAUGAUUUUCAAAUAUUCAACAUUUAACUAUGAUAAAAUUUAUGAAUUUUCAGGAAAACACAGCUCAGAUUUACUUAAUUAUGGGAUUUCUGGAUCAAUUUUGAUAAUUGUUUACAUGAUUUUCUUAAUUAUUAUGGCUUAUCUUUGAGAAUUAUUUGCUUCAGAUGUGAGGCAUGCUUUUUGGGAUAAAAAUUUAACUGUAAGAGCGCAUUCAUCAGUCGAUUUAAAAAUGCUGACAUUUAAGACUUGCAUGAGUAUUUCUUAUGUUUUAUUUAGAAAUGUAAGUAUUACUAUAUAUCAAAUUAUGUGCAUGAUAGCUUCGUUUUGUAUAUUUCUGGAGUUCAUAGUAAAAUUGCCAUAUUAUAGCAAAGCUGAAAACUCAAUAAAGUCAUGCAAAAUACUGACGGUCUCAAUCUCUUUAUUAGCAGUUUUAUUAGGGACAGCUAUGGAUGAUGCAGGUGUCCCGUUCAUGCUUAAUUUUUUCUUACAGCCUAUCAUUAUAGUCAUCAAUUGCUGAUUUGUGAACUCCCGAAUUAAUUCUAUUAAAAAAUCUGAAAUUAAUUUUACAAGUCAAUAUGAUUUUGAAAGAACUGCUAGACAUUUGCUUUGCAAUAGGCAUUUAGAGAAGAAAAUACAAGUUAUCAAUUAUUUUACAGCCUGCUAUGUCAACAAAGCACUAGCUAAAGAUAAAUUACUUAUCGUUUGGGAGGUAAAUUUUUGCUCUUUCACCAUGAAAGAUGAAAAAUUGGCAAGAAUAAAGCUAACAAAAAUAAAUUCAGUGAAUUCUACACUGGAAGGAAGCAUACAAGAAUGAAGGGCACUAAAAAAUAUUGACGAAAGGGAUAGUUCUUCGGUUGAUGCGCAUUAUAUAGAAUAUUUAGAAGAUUUUAAUAAAGCCAAGAAAUUUGAUCAAGAAAUUUGCUAUGCAUUUAUCGACUUAUGAUCUGAAUUUUCAGAAAAAUUCCCUAAAUAUAAAAAAAUCUAUUAUCAUUCAAUUAGAAGUUCUGAUUUAUUAACGAAUCUUAAAGAAUUUUAUGUGAAACUUGUGUCAAAAUAUAAGCACCCAGAGCUUUACGACCUUUAUAUAUCCUUUCUUGAAAAUAUUUUAGGGGAAAUUGAUGAAGCCGGGAUAAUGAAUAGAUUGAAAGGAAACAUAAAUCACCAAGUAAGUUUUUCAACAAUAUAUGAUACCAAGCUGACUUCUUAUGAAGAAAUGAACGGCAUUAUACUCAUUUCAGCUAAUGAAGACUCAUUCGGUGUAAUUACCUAUGUGAAUGAUAGGGCUGCUCAAUUAUUAAAAGGUUCAAAUAUAGAUAUCGCUGGGACUCAAUUAAGCUCCUACAUUCCAAGCCCUUACAACUACAAUCAUGAUGAGCAUUUAAGAAAUCUAUACAUUAACUAUACUAGUGAAGAAGUCCUUAAAAGGGGACCAUUUUUCCUUCAAAACACACUUGGGUAUUUAGAAGAGUGUGGAUUUCUUAUAAAAUUAGCAGCGUUUCAUAACAAUGCAUAUUUUUUAGCCACUUUAACAAAGAGAACAACAAACCGGCAGCUUGCCCUCAUAUCUGAAGAAGGAGUUGUAUACAAUACUACAGAUCUUUUCCCUCAUUUUAUAGGGGCAACCACAAAUAGUAUCAGAAAUUACUGUAUAUCAGAUUUUAUCCCUGGCCUAGAUAUAUACUAAUUGACCAAGAAUAGCCCACUAAGGAGCCAUUCUUGGUCUGCCAGAAAAAAUUUUGACAAAAGAUCUUAAUCUGCCAUUACCACUGAGUUUUGGUGUUUCCAAAUUUUUUGGGCAAGCCAAAUGCAAUAAAAAAAAAUUGUUCUUUUGCGAUGAUGCAUUUGGCUUGUCAAAAAAAAUUGGCAACAUCAAAACUCAGUGGCAAUGGCAUAAAAGAUCCUAAUCCGCCAUUACCACUGAGUUUUGGUGUUUCCAAAUUUUUUUGACAAGCCAAAUGCAUCAUCGCAAAGAAACAAUUUUUUUUAUUGCAUUUGGCUUGCCCAAAAACCAAAACUCAGUGGUAAUGACAGAUUAGGAUCUUUUUGUCAAAUUUUUUUCUGGCAGACCAAGAAUGGCUCCAUAGUGGGCUAUUCUUGGUCAAUUAGUAUAUCACAAAUGAAGCUCUAUGAACCAUUAAUCGUUCAGCAAAAAGGUAUAAAGCUUGCCCUAGUUCAUAUAAUAAAAGAGCUAAGAACAACAACUAUUCAUAUGCUUCUAUUAAUUCAUGAUGAAAAAGAAAUAAAAAUAUGAAAAGAAGGACAAGACAUUGAUCAAAUAGAAUAUUUUAAAAAAAUCCAAGUAAGUAGAGAGGAAAAAAUGGGGCAAGAACUGCCUCUAAAGCAUUUACAGCAUUCAAUAACCUUUAGGUUUCAAAAAUUUAUUACAAGUGAAAAUAAUCAAAGAGAAGAGUCGAAAGAAAUAGAGCGUCACAGACUUCUCAAUGAAGUUUCUAAAGAAAGCUGUAAAAAUCUAGAUAUAGCUCAUAAACUUUUAUGGAUCGACCUCAUUGAAAAUAUAACCGCUCAAAUGGACUUCAUUUGUUCACCGUAGACCAGACCCCUCACUAUUUAGAGAAAUAUUAAGAGAAAAUAAAAUAAUCCCUAAUUUUAAGCUAGUUCAAUAUAGUUUUAUAUAAUUGUCUGUAAUUACAAAAAUACGGAGUUCUUGAAGGAAUUAUUAACAGAAAUUUUUAAGCUUAUAAUUUUGAAUUUAUUAGAUGGCUGAAGGAGACCAUGAAGAUGUAGUGAUGGAAGUUGACAACUGUAUCAAGGAUUUUAUUUAUUUAUUAAUACAUGCAAAAGCGCGAAAUGCAAGGAACCAAAUAGCUUAAUAAACGCCUAAAAUAUCAAGAUAUAAAUGAAACCGCAUGAGGAAUUAAGAAUAUUAAUUUUUAAUAUUAUUUUUAAAAAACUAGAUGGCGAUAUAACGAACAAAAAAGGUUUAAAAAUGAAUUUAUGCGCUUGUCCAGAAAGCUGAAAAUAAAGGUACCAAAUAGAUUAAUUAAUAUUUAAAUAUCAAGUUCUGGAUGAAACCGCGUGAGGUGAUUUAAUUUUUAACAUUAUUUUUAAAAAUCAAGAUGGCGAUAUAACGAACAAAAAAAUUUAAAAACGAAUUUGAGCUCUUGCCCAGAAAGCGGAAAAUAAAGGUACCAAAUGCCUUAAUUAAUACUUUAAAUAAGAAGUAUAAUUUUUAAUAUGGUUAUGAAAAAUCAAGAUAGCGAUAUAACGAACAAAAAAAAUUUAAAAAUGAAUUUGUGCUCUUGUCCAGAAAGCGGAAAUUGAAGCUGCAAACAUUCUUUAUAAGCACCUAAAUAUUAAGUUUAAAUGAAAUCGCGUGAGGUGAAUUAAGAUAUUUAAGUUUUGUUGUGACUUUAAAAUCAAAUGGAAUUAUAGCCAACAAAAAUGUUAAAAAAUGAGCAUAUGCCCAAAAAAGGAAAUUAAUCAGCAAAUAAUUGCUGUUAUUUCAAGAGCUUAUUUAAAUUAACAUGCGAUUUUUAUAUUAAGCCCUUCUUUAAAAAUGGCUCGUUUAAAUGUCAAAAUGGUCCAUAUUUUUGUCAAAAAUUUUAUGGUUUGCCAUUUUUAAUUCCCAAAUAUGGGCCAAGCCAUUAUUUAACCGCGAAAUUACAUUUUUAAACAUAAAGAGAGAAGAACCAUUUUCAACGUAAAAUAUGCCUUGACUUCAUUUUGCCGAACCUUAUGCGGAUUAUUAAAAAUUUUUUCAAAAAUUAUAUAAUACUAUAUUGAACUAGUUUAAAAUUAAGGAUUUUUUUAUUAUAAUCUUAAUAUUUCUCUAAAUAGUAAGGGGUCUGGUCUAAGGUGAACAAGAUAUGAAAUCCAUUAGAGCGGUUACAUUUUCAAUGGGUCAAUCCAUAAAGGUCCAUGAACUAUAAUGUUGAUGAGAAAUCUAUCUCAAACAUGCAAGUGAGUAACAUUUCAAGCUCAUCUUCAAGUAAGAGCUAUUUAGCAGCUGCACAGAGAUGUAUAGAAAGCUUAUCUAAAAAUUUAAAACAUUUUCAAUGAAUUUUGCUAUUUUGUGUAAUUCUUAUUUAG